AACGAACCCGAGCCGGCUGUUCGCAAGAGCUACCAGGCCGUGGAGAGAGAUGGGGAGAUCAUCCGGGUACGAGACACCGUCCUCUUGAAAUCCGGACCCCGGAAGAAAUCCAUGCCGUACGUCGCGAAGAUCUCGGCGCUGUGGGAAGACCCCAAAACAGGGGAGCUGAUGAUGAGCCUCCUGUGGUAUUACCGGCCGGAGCACACUCAGGGAGGACGCAACCCCAGCAUGCACCAGAAUGAGAUCUUUGCAUCCCGGCAUCAGGAUGAAAACAGCGUUGCCUGCAUCGAGGAGAAGUGCUACGUGCUGACCUUUGCAGAGUACUGCAGAUUUUGUGCCUUGGCAAAGCGUCGAGUCGAAGGGAUCCCGGGCAGGAAAACCAUCAUGGUUCCUCCCUCGGAAGAGUACUCCACCCCCCUGCACCGCAAGGU